AUGGCGACCCUCAAAUUCGGGACCUGGCAUACCGCCCGAGGGGGCGGCCGCACAUCCAAUGCUACCUUGGAGUUUGAAGGUUCGAGGAUUGCAGCAUCGUUCAUCGUAUUCAAAAGGGAUUUGGAAGGUGUACCAGCAGGGAGCGUAACAGACGUUCUCCUUGAGUUCUACGUCGACGACCAGCUCGCGAGUACAACUUCACUCACAUGGAAUAGUGCUGUAGCAGCAGCCAACCUGGACGCCCAAGAGGCUAUCAACCAGGACAUCAGAUUCGUUCACAACCUGGUGUUCUUUAACAACACAGUUGCCCCCGGAAAGCGCGUUUUCAGAGUCCAGUAUAACCCCCUUGGAGGGGGAAGGACCGAGCGCGAUACAUCUUUGGCUUUGGAUUACUUUGAAUACGUCCCUCUGGUACAAGUUGCGGUACCCCCCAGUGACCCGACGCCCACAACGCCUAUCGCCACAGCUAGGAGUACUACCGAUGUAGGCAAGAUUAUAGGACCCAUCGUAGGGGUGUUUGCCGUCCUCAUUUCCGUGGGCUGUGGGCUGUUUUUCUGGUGGCGAAAGCGGUCAAAGCAGCGACGCCGGACCCGCUUUUCUACCUUCCGAUCUGGAUGGACGGACGGGCUCGCUAAGAGUCCUCCGCCUACAACUGUGGCCCCACUGUCGGGGAUCACCCACACAUCACCAACACCGUCGAGCAGGCUCUCGUUUACAACUUUGUCGUCCUUGUCGAUAUUUUCUCGACCUGGGAUGGACCUACAGGGGUUUGGGUCGCCUGAUCUUGGUGAAAAGCAACAUUCACGGUCUUUACGUACUUCGACCAUAUCUGCCUCGCUUUCUUACACAUCGUACGAACAGCAAUGGCAGGGAUUUAGUAUGGACGCUUCAGGGAGGAUUGUUUCAUAACUCUCAAGUUGUAUCGAGCCCGGAAGACUGUAUCUAGUUCGUUUUCAAGAGCAUUGAUCGAUACUUGGC